AUGGAUGUUGAACCGGAUUCCAAGAAAGGGGCGGCGAGUGACGACUCAGACCCCAGAUUGGACUUUCUUGAACGUUACGUAACUAAAAGCCUCAGAUUGAAAUCUGAUAAAUGGCAGAAGAUGCUGUCCAUCGAAGAUUAUAAGGAAAUGAUAAUACAGUACUUCAGGAAUCCAAAAACUCCGACUUUAUUCUUUUACAUUAAUUCGACGGGAUCAUUGUGUCCCAGUUUUACUUUUCCAACUGUAAGCAGAUCUAAAAGUUGCUAUUUUGUUCGUGUAAACCCGGUAAAAAUUUCAAGAGAAAACUAUGAUGAGAUGAUGGUUUGUGGAGAUUUGAGUUCUAAACCGGUCGAACAACUUGGAGUAUUCAUUGAAGAAAUUAUAACACCAUUAUUAAGUAAUAAACAGAAUACGGAAACAUGGCCUGAAGUAGUUCGAACAGAUUGCAAAUCGCAUCUUAAAGGGAUUCUGAAUAGUGUUCAUGAAAUUCGGGGAUAUGUGGAGAGCAAGACUAUGUUGCCUAUGCCACUUGGAGUCGAAAGUAUACCCGACGAUGAAAACCCUGAAGAUUGUGAUUUAAAAUUGAAAGCUUCAAUAGAAGGCGUCGUAAUUAAAUGGACACGCAGACUUGCAGAUGUUAUAGGUGAAGAUUCUACAAAAUUCUUCCAAAACUCAGCCAAAUCAAGCACGAUGCCUGAUGAACCAGGACCUAUCGCAGAACUAGAAUUCUGGGAUACCAGACUGGGAAAUUUAGAGUAUAUCUACACCCAGCUUAGAGACCCCCGAAUUAAAAAAAUGGCAGCAAUAUUAGAAAAAACACAAAGUGUGUUUUAUCCAUGUUAUAUGAAAAUGUUCAGAGAUUGUGUUGCAGCUCUUAACGAAGCACGAGAAAUAUGCAUCUACCUUCAUCCUAUGCGCCCACAUUACGAGAAAUUCGAAGCAACACCAUUUGCGGAUUCUGGACCUCUUAUAAAACCUAUGCUUCACUGUACAACAUUAUUAUGGGCCAAUUGUCGCUAUUAUUGUAAAAAUGCCAGAAUUGUCACCUUACUUCGAUUGACAUGCAACAUGGUGAUAGAGCAGUGCUCGAAAGGUUUAGAUACAAGAUCACUGUUACGAGGAGAGCCGGACGAUGGCCAUCAGAAAAUUGCGGCUGUCCUUAAGCUGCUGGAUUUAUUCAAGAAAACUUUCGAAGAGUAUCGCGUCAACCCAUGCGCCCUAGCCCGGACCCGCGACUUCAAACCGCCGAAGAGCGGCUGGACAUUUCGCACAGACGCGGCAUUUGAACGCUUUGACCGUUAUUGUGAACGAUUGCGAUUACUGGACCAUAUCUUGGUAACAGCCAUCGAGUUCUUGAAAUUGGAGAAAGUGGAACUAGGAGGUGUAACAGGCCGACCGCUCGGGAUGCGCAUCGCUGAGAUUUAUGAAAAUUUCACUACAAUGUACGCGAAUUUUGGGUCAGUACGUUACGAUCCCUUAGAUCCCGAAUGUGAGAAAUUCAAAGCAGAUUUUGAAAAUUUCCAAAGUAAAUGCAGCGAUUUGGAUCGAAAGUUAGCCGCCACCCUCGAGCAAGCAUUAGACGAUAUUUUUAAUCUAGAUAGUUUAUUCAAGAUAAUAUUUAUUCUCGGUGGUUUACCAGAAAGGCCAAUAAUCCGAGAACGAAUAGGCCACAAGUUCAAUGAUUUACUUAUUAUGUUUAAAGAGCAGAUAGAUCAAGUUCGCAAAAUUUUCACAGAAGGAUCCGCACUUUACGAAUCUGAUCCAAAGUCUUUUCCUGUUGAUAAAUGGCAACCUCCAAUUACAGGUGCAAUAUCCUGGAUACGAAAACUCAAAGCAAGGAUAACUAAACCUAGAGCAGAUUUUGAUCAUUUAGAUGAACAAAUUUUGAAGUCUAAAAAAGGAAAGAAAGUAAGCAGAAAGUAUGAUGAAACAAUUGCUAUGUUAAAUUCGUUUGAACAAAAGGUACUUGAUUCGUGGAAAGUUCUUGUACCAUCAAUACUGGAUAAAAAAUUACCAAAAAAUUUGAUAAUCAAAAAAGAUAAAAAGAUAUUAUCAGCAAAUUUUGAUGAUGAGUUGAUGGCUGUUUUACGAGAAAUGCAAUACUUAUCAAGAAUGGAAAUUACAGAUUUACCAGAAUCUGGGAAAAUUCUUUAUUCCCGGAAUGAAGAAUUACAGUCAAGAAAUAUACCCCACCAAAGCCCAUCAUUUCCUUUUGGAAAUUUUGGCAAAGUAUUUUUUGGCAAAGCAUCUAUUGGAAUGGCUGUAGAAGAAAUAUAUAAUAAAUUCAAAGGCAAAGGCCCUUACGCAGGCUAUUUCACCUUACUCAGUCCGACAUUAGUUGUAUUAGAUCCAGAAGCAAUAAAAAAUAUUAUGGUUAAAGAUUUUCAAUAUUUCCACAAUCGCGGUGAAUACUAUAAUGAAAAGGAUGAUCCACUAUCCGCGCACUUGUUUUCCAUCGAAGAUGAAAAAUGGAAAAGAUUGCGUAAGAAAUUAUCCCCAACAUUUACAUCAGGUAAAAUGAAGAUGAUGUAUAGCACCAUGAUGGAGAACGUGAAUGAAUUGAAAGAAUAUAUGCAAGAAACAGUUGCUGAAAAAUCUACAUUUGAAAUUAAGGAUGUUUUAGCAAGAUUUACAACAGAUGUUAUAGGAUCAUGUGCAUUAGGAAUACAAUGUAACACAUUAAAAAAUCCGGAUGCUGAAUUCAGAGAAAUUGGCAGAAAAGUUUUUCAGAAUAAUAUUUUCAGCAUAGUGAAGCAAUUAUUUGCUUUUACAUACAAAUCUUUAUCGCGUAGAUUAGGUAUCACCGUAAUAGAUAAAGAGGUUACGAAAUUCUUUUUGGACCGAAUUGAUGAGACCAUACAAUUUCGUGAAAAAAACAAUGUCAAAUGCAAUGACUUUCUACAAUUGCUGAUACAACUCAAAAUUAAGGGCUAUUUAGAAGACAAUGAAGGAGAAGUAAUAGAGGACAAAUCAGCUCUCACUUUGAAUGAAAUUGCGGCUCAGGCAUUCGUGUUUUAUUUAGGAGGUUUUGAAACGUCUUCGACUACAAUGAGCUUUUGUCUAUACGAGUUAGCUGUUAACCCAGAUAUUCAAAAGAAAUGUAGAGACGAGAUCAAUAGAAUUUUGGAUGAAAACGAUGGCAAAUUGUCUUAUGAUUGCAUUCUUCAAAUGAAUUAUUUGGACAAAGUCAUUUAUGAAACAAUGCGCAAAUACCCUACACUCCCUGUUCUAACACGAGAAUGCAGCAAAGAUUACACCCUCCCCGGAACAACAUUUUGGAUACCCAAAGGCACAUCCGUGUUCAUUCCAGUCAUUGGUCUGCACAAAGAUCCAGAGAUAUAUCCGAAUCCGGAAAAAUUCGAUCCUGAGCGAUUUUCAGAAGAGGCUAAAAAUUCACGUCACCAAUAUACUUAUUUGCCAUUUGGUGAAGGGCCCAGAAUUUGUAUCGGAAUGAGGUUCGGUAUGAUGCAAACGAGAUUGGGACUAAUAACGAUCAUAAGAGAUUAUAACAUUUUACCAAGCAAUGAAACCAAAAUACCUCUUGAAUUGGACACCCGAUCCUUCCUAACAGCUGCUAGCACAACGAUGAAAAUAGAUCGUAUUGUGGAAUGGUACAAUGAUUUAGUAUCGAAAACCAAUGAACAAGAAUUCGAUUUAAUACGAGAUGAGAUUUCCGAAAUUGACAAACUAUUGGAUCUGCCAAUCAAUAGCAUGACAUGGGAACGUGAUCAUACAGAACAUUUGGAAGUUCUAUAUGAAAAACUAAAAGCAUUACAUAACAGAAUAGUGACUUCCCAAAAAAAUGUUCAAGAACUUCUUGGUAGAAUGAGGCAGUGGGCUGGUUUGCCAAUUUAUACUCGAAAGGGCAACAAGAAGGAUAAGUUAUUAGCCCUCAAUGACAGAAAGGAUAAUCUUUGUGCACACAAAAAACUUAUAAAACGAUCCGUUGAUGAAAUUAAAUUUGUCAUGGACAUGAAUUAUAGAUUAUUUUUAAAUCUGCCUAUUAUAGAAAGAACAGAAAAUGAUGCUAGAGAUCAUGAAGAGUCUCAAUUGAAAUUAUUACCGUAUAGUAAAUUCUCUACAGAUGUAUUCGAGACUUCCAUAGCAAACGAUUUAAAACAAGAUAUAAGUGAAUUAGAUAACGCAAAAACCAAAUCGACAAAAUUCUCAAGUCUCACUCGAGUAUUGGAAACAGUAUUAGAAUACCCAGAUCAAUGCAAUAAGAGAAAACAAUCAAACGAAAUAAGACAGAAAAACCUUGUCGAGUAUCAUAAAAAGUGGAGAAUUUAUGUGGAAUAUAUUGACUCUUUAGUGGCAAAUGAGUUAAUGCAUUCUAUUUGUGUGAGUAUGUUUUAUCUGAAUAAUGAGAUGAGCGCUCUAACUAGCCAAUAUCCAUUCUUCGAAAUGGAAAUGAUGCUUACGGCGCCUGAUAUAACAUUCAAACCGUCUCUAAGUUUUGAAGUCGACAAUAAUUUAUACGAAAUUUUUGAGAAUUUGACAAACGAUAUCAUGAACCAGUGCAUGCUCAUACCCAGAAUAGCAGAACAUCAGGAAGAGCCAUAUUAUCAAAAAGACCUCCAAGAAAACAUCGAUAUCAACGAAAUGCGUACACAGGUAUUAGCCAAAGUAAAAAAUGUAAUCGCAGAAGCCUUAUCAUUUGCUGAAUCAAUGAAUCAAUAUUCAUAUUUAUGGUUGGACGAUCGUACAGAAUGUAUGUUACAAUUUUUGGUUUAUGAUCACUAUCUAACCCAAGAAGAAAUAGAUUUAUCAGAUGAAGACGACGCCGCCGUUAAUCAGCAGAAACCGACACUUGAUAUGUUUAAAACACAGAUCGAUUACUACAACACUUAUUACAAUACUGUGCAAGAUGAAAUUCCUGACAAAAAAAUUCUAUGUGGUUGGCUAUCUUUAGACGUGAGACCAUUCAAAUAUGCAGUGCUGAACACAAUUUGCAAAUGGAGCAACAUGUACCAGCAAAACCUUGUUGAUCAAGUAGUAAAUAGUUUAAAAGAUUUAGAAAACUUCAUAAAUGAAACUAAUACUGUGCUGGAGAAAAUUGUUGUCGAAGGAGAUUUUGAAGGGCUAUUAUUAGUCAUGGAGUAUUUGCAGAAAAUAAAAGAUAGAGAACAUCAAACUAAUGAAAUGUUUCAACCUCUAAAAGACAUUAUUGAAAUGUUAAAACAUUAUGAUGUGGAGUUCGAAGAUAAUAUUUAUUCCAAACUCGCAGAGUUGCCUGAUAGAUGGGACGCUUGCAAAAAAUUAGCAGUCAGAGUUAAGCAGAAUGUACUACCACUUCAAGCAAAUGAAGUGAAUUUGAUUAGAAAACGCCUGGCUCUUUUUGAUAUACAACAAGGAAUAUAUCGCGAUACAUUUCGAAAACUACCUUUAUUCAAUGCAGAAUGUAAAAACACAUAUUAUUUAAUCGAUAAAACAAAUGAAACUGUUGAAAGUUUUGAAAACCAAAUGGAAAAAAUCUCUUCAUCAGCAACUCUGUUUGAAUUGAACGUGCCGGAUUUUAGGCAAAUUCGACAAGUGCGACAUGAUUUGAUAUUACUCAAGCAACUCUGGGACGAGUGCUUGGUGAUAGCGUCACAUAUCGAAAACUGGAAAAUGACACCAUGGAAAAAAAUUGACGCCGAAGAUAUGGAUCAAGAAUGCAAAAAAUUUGGUAAAGAACUAAGGUCCCUCGAUAAAGAUGUGAGAACUUGGGCACCUUUCUUAGACGCUGAGGCCCGUUUGAAAAAUUUGAUGACUGCUUUGAGGGCAGUAACCGAAUUGCAAAAUCCGGCAAUAAAAGAUCGCCAUUGGAAAGAGCUGAUGCAAUCCACCAAUGUUAAGUUCAUCACUGAUGAAAAUACUACAUUGAGCGAUUUACUAGACCUGCAGCUACAUCAAUAUGAAGACGAAGUAAAACAUAUAGUAGACAAAGCUGUAAAAGAAAUGGGCAUGGAAAAAACAUUAAAAGAUCUUGAAAUUGUUUGGGGUUCUAUGGAAUUUGAUCAAGAAACCCAUGAACGCACUAAUAUGCAAAUUCUCAAAACAUCAGAGGAACUUAUUGAAACAUUGGAGGAAAAUCAAGUUCAACUGCAAACAUUGAUGACUUCAAAAUUUAUCGGAUAUUUCCUUGGACAAGUAUCUAGCUGGCAAAAAAAGCUUUCAUGUGCUGAUCAAGUUAUUACGUCUUGGUUUGAAGUGCAACGAAAAUGGAUGUACUUGGAAUCUAUAUUUAUAGGUUCAGAAGAUAUAAGAGCUCAACUUCCUAAAGACUCUCAAACGUUUGAUGAAAUUGACAAAGAAUUUAAGAUACUGCUAGAACAAAUGUUGCAAACUCCAAAUGUAGUAAAUGCCACAAAUAAACCAGGAUUAGUUGAAGUAUUAGAAACUUUGAUUCACAAAUUGAUAGUUUGUGAAAAAGCUCUGAAUGAUUAUUUAGAAACAAAACGACUAGCUUUUCCAAGAUUUUACUUUAUAUCCUCAGCAGAUCUGUUAGAUAUUUUAUCAAGUGGAAAUAGACCUGACUUAAUAUCGAGGCAUUUGAUAAAACUUUUUGACAGUUUAGCUAAAUUAGUAUUCAAACCAGGAACAAAAAUAGCUACUGCCAUGGAGUCUAAGGAAAAUGAAGAGGUUGUAACGUUUAAAAAAGAGUGCGACUGUAAUGGAAAGGUCGAAGUAUGGCUGAACCGCGUAACAGAGACUAUGAGAAACACUCUUCAUAAGCUAUUUCACGAGGCGAUAGGAACAUACGAAGAACGUGCACGUGAUGCCUGGGUAUUCGACUGGCCAGCGCAGGUAGCCCUUUGCGGUGCUCAGAUCUGGUGGACCAGUGAAACUAAUGCAACAUUUGCAAAACUGGAAGAGGGCCACGAAAGCGCCCUAAGAGAUUAUCAUAAAAAACAAAUAUUGCAACUAAAUGCUUUAAUAGGAUGGCUGCUAGGAGACUUGAGUCCCGGGGAUAGACAAAAAGUAAUGACGGUGUGUACAAUAGACGUGCAUUGCCGCGAUGUAAUAUCAAAAAUGAUACAUGGCAAAGUGGAUUCCUCAAAUGCAUUUCAAUGGCAAAGCCAACUCAGACAUAGGUGGGAUACAAAACUAGACGACUGUUAUGCAAAUAUAUGUGAUGCCCAAUUCCGAUAUCAAUACGAAUACUUGGGUAAUACGCCUAGAUUAGUUAUAACACCAUUGACAGACCGCUGCUAUAUUACAUUAACCCAAUCUCUUCAUCUUGUCAUGGGCGGCGCGCCAGCCGGACCGGCAGGCACCGGAAAGACAGAAACCACGAAAGACUUGGGUCGAGCAUUGGGAAGUAUGGUAUACGUAUUUAACUGCUCCGAACAAAUGGAUUACAGAUCUUGUGGAAAUAUUUAUAAAGGAUUGGCACAAACUGGCGCAUGGGGAUGUUUUGAUGAAUUCAAUAGAAUAUCGGUAGAAGUUCUUUCAGUGAUAGCAGUACAAGUGAAAACAAUUCAAGAUGCAAUUAAAACAAAGAAACAAUCUUUUAAUUUCAUGGGCGUCAAAAUACGUUUAAUUCCUACAGUCGGAUUAUUCAUAACAAUGAAUCCAGGAUAUGCUGGUCGUACAGAAUUACCAGAAAAUCUGAAAGCCCUGUUUAGACCUUGUGCAAUGGUAGUGCCUGAUUUUGAAUUGAUUUGUGAGAUCAUGUUAGUAGCUGAAGGUUUCCAAGAUGCUCGAUUGUUGGCCAGAAAAUUUAUAACAUUAUAUACUCUUUGCAAAGAAUUGCUGUCAAAUCAAGACCAUUACGAUUGGGGCUUGCGAGCCAUAAAAUCUGUAUUGGUUGUUGCAGGGUCCCUUAAGCGAGGUGAUCGACAACGACCUGAAGAUCAAGUUCUAAUGAGAGCUUUGCGAGAUUUUAACAUACCAAAAAUUAUAACCGAUGAUGUACCCAUAUUUAUGGGUUUAAUAGGCGACCUUUUUCCGACAUUGGAUGUACCCAGAAAAAGAAAUGCUGAAUUCGAAAAGUUAGUGAAAACAUCAUCUAUGCAGUUAGCUUUGCAACCUGAUGACAGUUUUGUUUUAAAAAUUGUGCAGCUGGAAGAAUUAUUCGCAGUUCGGCAUUCAGUAUUUGUCGUGGGUAAUGCUGGUACUGGCAAAACAAUGGUUUGGAAGACACUAAACAAAACUUAUCAAAACCAAGGCCUGAAGCCAAUAUACUAUGAUUUAAAUCCGAAAGCAGUCACUAACGAUGAAUUAUUUGGCAUCAUCAACCCUUCUACAAGAGAAUGGAAAGACGGUCUAUUUAGUGUUUUGAUGAGAGAUUUAGCGAAUAUCACCGGAGCAGGGCCAAAAUGGAUAAUACUAGACGGAGAUAUAGAUCCUAUGUGGAUUGAAAGUCUUAACACCGUCAUGGAUGAUAAUAAAGUUUUAACUUUAGCUAGCAACGAGCGUAUAGCUUUAACGCCUCAAAUGAGACUACUAUUUGAAAUAUCAAAUUUACGAACCGCAACUCCAGCUACAGUGUCACGAGCAGGAAUUUUAUAUAUUAAUCCAGUGGAUUUGGGAUGGAAUUUGUAUGUGUCUUCAUGGCUAGAUCAACGAAUAACUCAAAGUGAACGUUCACUAUUGAUGAUCCUUUUUGAUAAAUAUAUACCGGCUUGCCUUGAAUACACCAAAAAGUUGAAAAAAAUUACGCCUGUAACAGAUAUAGCACAAAUUCAACUAUGUUGCUAUUUAUUAGAUUGUUUUAUCACUCCUUCGAACGUACCUAAUGAUUGUCCAAAAGAAUGGUAUGAAAUAUAUUUUGUAUUUGCUUGUAUCUGGGCGUUUGGAUCGGCUCUUUUUCAAGAUCAACUAUGUGAUUGGAGAAAUGAGUUUAGUAAGUGGUGGUUGAAUGAAUUCAAAACUGUUCGAUUUCCUAAUACGGGCACAGUUUUUCAUUUUUGCGUUGAUCAAGAAACGAAAACAUUUAUUCCGUGGACAAACAUGGUCCAACCUUUUGAACUCGAUACUGAUGUACCACUUCAAUCAACUUUAGUAAAUACUGGAGAAACAACACGAUUGAGAUUUUUUAUUGAUGUCCUCAUGAAACAACAAAAGCCCGUUAUGCUCGUUGGAGCAGCUGGAACUGGUAAAAGUGUUUUAAUGAAAGAAAAACUCUCUGGUUUAUCUGACAAUUACGCAGUUACUAAUGUGCCUUUUAACUUUUAUACUACAUCUGAAAUGCUACAACGUAUAUUGGAAAAGCCAUUAGAGAAAAAAGCUGGUAGAAAUUAUGGACCACCUGGAAUAAAAACAAUGAUAUAUUUCAUAGAUGACAUGAAUAUGCCCGAAGUUGAUGCUUAUGGUACAGUACAACCUCACACAUUAAUAAGACAAUACUUCGAUUAUGGUCAUUGGUAUGACAGAAUAAAAUUGACGCCAAAAGACAUUCAUAACUGUCAAUAUGUAUCGUGUAUGAAUCCUACUGCAGGGUCAUUUACUAUAAAUCCACGAUUGCAACGGCAUUUCUGUAUUUUCGCACUAAGUUUUCCCACGUCUGACAUUGUUAAUCAAAUUUACUCGCAAAUUUUAACUCAGCACGUGACUAAUCCGGCAUCAAAAUAUACAACAGCUAUAAUCAGUUUUGUUCCGUCAUUAGUAAGCGCCGCAGUUAUGCUUCACGCACGAAUGGCACAAAAUUUUUUGCCAACUGCAAUUAAGUUUCAUUAUCUAUUUAAUCUGAGAGACUUAUCAAAUAUUUUCCAAGGCAUGCUUUUUGCGACAGGAGAUGCCGCACCCAACGUUAAUUCUUUCAUUAGACUUUGGGUUCAUGAAGCCACAAGAGUUUAUGGUGACAAACUUGUUGAGUCUAAAGAUCAGGACGCUUAUCGAAAACAAAUAAAUGAAAUAUGCAAGAAAAAUUUUGAAGAAGUUGAUGAGUCAUUUAUACACCAAAAACCAUUAAUUUAUUGGCAUUAUGCUGAAUCGAUUGGAGAUCCUAAAUAUUUACCUGUAAAGAAUUGGGAACAAUUAGCGUCAUUGCUGACGGGAGCAAUGAAUACUUAUAAUGACUUAGUUGGGGCCAUGAAUUUAGUGUUAUUCGAGGAUGCUAUGUGUCACAUAUGCAGGAUAAAUAGAAUACUAGAAUCGCCAAGAGGUAAUGCAUUAUUGGUAGGUGUGGGAGGUUCCGGUAAACAAUCAUUGUCAAGGCUGGCAGCAUUCAUAUCCUCCCUUGAUGUAUUUCAAAUACAAUUACGUAAGGGGUAUUGUCUGGCAGAUCUUAAAACUGAUUUAUCUCAUCUCUAUCUCAAAGCUGGACUGAAAGGUAAUGGUACCGUAUUUUUAAUGACAGAUGCUCAAGUAAAUAAAGAAGAGUUUCUAGUGGUCAUUAAUGACCUCUUAGCAUCAGGAGAAAUUCCAGAUUUACUAGCGGACGAAGACUUAGAAAAUGUAAUUAGUGCAAUGAGAAAUGAAGUUAAACAAGCAAAUAUGCAAGAUACGCGUGAAAAUUGUUGGAAAUAUUUCAUAGAUAGAGUAAGACGUAUUCUAAAAGUUGUAUUGUGCUUUUCUCCUGUCGGUUCAACCCUUAGAGUACGAGCUAGAAAAUUUCCGGCAAUAGUCAAUUGUACAGCAAUAAAUUGGUUUUAUGAAUGGCCUCAAGAAGCUUUACAAUCGGUAUCUACCAGUUUUCUAUCGGAAAUGAAAUCACUACCUACAGAAAUGAUAAAUUCAGUAUCUCUGUAUAUGUCUUACGUACAUACAACUGUUAACGAAAUAUCCGCCACAUACUUGGCUAACGAAAAAAGGUACAACUAUACUACGCCAAAAUCAUUUUUGGAAUUAAUAGCGUUAUAUUCUAAGCUUUUGCUUGAGAAAACAAAUUAUUUGAAAGACCGCGUUAAUCGUCUUCAGAACGGUUUGACAAAAUUAGCUCAAUGCGCCACAGAAGUUGAAGCACUUAAAAAGGUUUUAGCGUUACAAGAAGUUGAACUAGCAAGUAAAAAUAUAGCUGCAGACAAAUUAAUAUUAGCAGUUGGAGCUGAAAGUGAAAAAGUUGCUAAAGAAAAAGCUUUCGCUGCAAGUGAAGAGAAAAAAGUACGGAUUAUUGAAGAAGAUGUGACUAUUCAAGCAAAAGUAUGCGCUGAUGAUCUAGCAAGAGCAGAACCAGCACUAAUAGCUGCACAAGAAGCUUUAAACACUUUGAAUAAAAACAAUUUAACAGAGUUAAGAUCAUUCGGUUCACCACCGGACGCAGUAGUCAAUGUGUGUGCAGCGGUAUUAGUAUUAUUUUCAAAAAAAGGGAAAAUUCCUAAAGAUCGUUCAUGGAAAGCUUGUAAAAUGAUAAUGGGAAAUGCAGCGCAGUUUCUGAAUGAUCUGGUUAAUUAUGACAAAGAAAAUAUACAUCCAGAAAUCAUAAAAGCUUUGCAGCCAUAUUUAAAUGAUCAUCAAUUUAAUCCUGAGUACAUUAUGAGCAAAUCAACUGCAGCUGCUGGUCUUUGUGCUUGGGUAAUAAAUAUAAAUAAAUACUAUGAAGUAUUUAUAGUAGUAGAACCAAAGAGAAGAGCAUUACAAACAGCUAACAAGGAUUUGAGUGAUGCACGAAACAAACUUGAAAAAUUAAAAAAUCAAAUAUCGGCGUUAGAAGCAAAACUUUCAAUCCUAACAUCAGAAUUUGAACAAGCUCAGAUGGACAAAAUAAAAUGUGAAGAAGAGGCUGAUAGAACAGCGACUACUAUCGAUCUUGCAAAUAGACUAGUGACAGGCUUAGCAUCAGAAAAUAUUCGUUGGAGGCAAAAUGUACAAGACCUUAAAGUAUCUGGUGUUACAAUACCAGGGGAUGUUUUAAUCGUAAGCUGUUUCAUUUCUUACGUCGGAUGUUUUACUCGUCCGUAUAGAGUAGAUUUACAAGAUAAAUACUGGUUGCCCUAUCUGUCUAAACUAAAGGUACCUGAAAUUCCUAGAAGUACUGGAUUGGAUACUCUUAGCUUAUUAACAGACGAAGCCCAAAUAGCUGUAUGGAAUAAUGAAGGUUUACCAAGUGAUAGAAUGUCAGCUGAAAACGCCACAAUUUUAACUAACUCAGCAAGGUGGCCACUAAUGAUUGAUCCCCAAUUACAAGGUAUAAAGUGGAUAAAAAACAAAUAUAUAUCUAACCUUAAGGUGAUACGUUUAUCUAUGAAAAAUUACAUGGAUAUUAUAGAAAAGGCUAUUAUUAGUGGCGAUGUAUUAUUAAUAGAAAACAUUUAUGAAAAUGUAGAUGCUGUGUUAGAUCCACUAUUAGGACGAGCACUGUAUAAAAAGGGAACAUGUAUUAAAAUCGGCGACAAAGAAAUCGAUUACCAUCCUUCCUUCAAAUUAAUACUACAAACAAAGCUAGCAAAUCCACAUUAUAAACCUGAAAUGCAAGCUCAAACCACACUUAUAAAUUUUACAGUAACGAAAGAUGGUUUGGAGGAACAGCUACUGGCAGAAGUUGUGAAAGCUGAAAGACCUGAUUUGGAAAAUUUAAAAUCAGAACUUACAAAACAACAAAAUCAUUUUAAAAUAACAUUAAAAACAUUGGAAGAUGAUUUAUUGACAAGAUUAUCGAAUGCGGGUGCAAAUGUUUUAGAAGAUAGCGCAUUAGUUAUAAAUUUAGAGCAAACUAAAAAGACUGCAGAUGAAGUGGCGAUAAAAGUAUCUGAAGCAAAAUCUACUUCAGCAAAAAUAGAUGAAGCUCGAGAACAUUAUAGACCAGUGGCCUGCAGAGCAUCAAUUUUGUACUUUAUUUUGAAUGAUUUGUAUAAAAUAAACAUGAUUUAUCAAUUUUCAUUAAAAGCUUUUAGCGAAGUAUUUAAAGAUGCUCUUAAAAGAGCCUUGCCAGCAGAAAAACUUCAAGAGCGUGUUACUAAUUUAUUAAAUUCCAUAACAUUUAGAGUAUUUUUAUACACGAGCAGAGGGCUUUUUGAAAAUGACAAAUUAAUUUUUCUUGCACAGAUAGCACUUCAAAUAUUAAUUAAUGCAAAAGAAAUACAUCCUUGGGAAUUGGAUUUUUUAUUACGGUUUCCAAUCGCAGCUCCAUUAAACUCUCCAGUAGAUUUCCUUACAAAUACACUAUGGGCUGGAGUAAAAUUGUUAGCUUCGUUGCAGUCUUUCAACAAUUUUGACCGAGAUAUUGUAGCUUCAGCCAAGAGAUGGAAAAAAUUUGUGGAGUCAGAAACACCAGAAAAAGAAAAGUUUCCACAGGAGUGGAAAAAUAAGUCGCCUUUACAGAGAUUAUGUAUGAUGCGUACAUUAAGACCUGAUCGCAUGACGUACGCUAUGGCUACAUUUAUCGAAGAAAAUCUUGGAACCCAAUUUGUAGAAACACGCACCAUUGACUUUAAAACAUCAUUUGAAGAAAGCAAUGCUGCAACACCUAUAUUUUUUAUUUUAUCACCAGGCGUAGACCCGCUUAAAGAUGUUGAAAAACUUGCAAGAAACCUUAAUAUUGAUACUGACUCACCAAAUUUGCAUAUUGUUUCUUUAGGUCAGGGGCAAGAAAAAGUUGCGGAAAAUGCAAUUAAUAUCGCUUCAAAAUGUGGUCAGUGGGUUAUGUUGCAAAAUAUACAUCUUGUAGCAAAAUGGCUUGUAAAACUGGAAAAAAUUAUGGAAAGCAUGGAUGACAGUGUUCACAAAAACUACAGGUUAUUUUUAUCAGCAGAACCGGCUCCAGCACCAGAAUUUCACAUCAUACCUCAAGGUAUAUUGGAAUCGUCUAUUAAAAUAACAAACGAGGCACCAACAGGCAUGCUUGCAAAUCUUCAUAAAGCACUAGAUAAUUUCAAUCAAGAAAUUCUAGAAACUUGUUCCAAAGAAGCUGAGUUUAAAUCUAUUUUAUUUUCCUUGUGCUAUUUUCAUGCGGUCGUUGCUGAACGCCGAAAAUUUGGACCUCAGGGGUGGAACCGAAUAUAUCCAUUCAAUGCGGGAGAUCUAACUAUAAGCGUAUAUGUCUUAAGAAAUUAUUUAGAAAAUAAUAAUAAAGUGCCUUGGGAAGACUUAAGAUAUCUCUUCGGAGAAAUUAUGUACGGCGGGCACAUUACUGAUGAUUGGGAUAGACGUUUAUGUCUCACAUAUUUGAAUGAAUAUAUGCAGCCUGAUCUGGUUGAAGGAGAACUUUAUUUUGCACCUGGUUUCGCUGCUCCAUCAAACAUGGAAUAUCCAGGUUAUCAUGCCUACAUAGAUGAAACGCUUCCGGAUGAAUCGCCAUAUCUGUACGGAUUACACCCGAAUGCUGAAAUUGGUUUUCUAACGUCUAAAUCCGAAAAUAUGUUCAGAACAGUUUUCGAACUACAACCAAGGGAAUCAAGUACAUCUGGUGUGGUUACAAUGUCAAAAGAAGAAAAGGUGAAAGUGACCCUUGAUGAUAUUGCAGAUAAAUUACCAGAAGAAUUCAAUAUGUCAGAAAUCACAGCACGUGUAGAAGAACGAACACCAUUUAUAAUUGUAGCAUUUCAAGAAUGUGAACGCAUGAAUAUUUUAGUACGAGAAAUCAAACGAAGCUUGAAAGAAUUACAUUUAGGUUUAAAGGGCGAAUUGACUAUAACCAAAGAUAUGGAAGAGUUAGAAGAAUGUCUAUUUUUAGAUCAGGUACCGCCAAGUUGGACUAAGAGGGCAUAUCCAAGUCUUUUGAGUCUAGGCGGUUGGUUUAACGACUUAAUUUUACGAUUGAAAGAGAUCGAAAGUUGGGCCAAUGAUUUUGUUCUACCAAAUUCUGUGUGGUUGUCCGGCUUUUUUAAUCCACAGUCAUUUUUAACGGCAAUCAUGCAACAAUCAGCUCGUAAAAAUGAAUGGCCUCUUGACAAAAUGUGUUUGAACUGCGAUGUUACCAAAAAGACUAGAGAUGAUCUUAAUGCCCCUCCAAAAGAAGGUGCGUAUAUUCACGGAAUAUUCAUGGAAGGAGCUCGAUGGGAUAUUAAUAUUUCUAGUAUAGUAGACUCUCGUCUCAAAGAACUUUUUCCAGCAAUGCCCAUAAUUUAUGUAAAAGCUAUUACACAAGACAAGCAAGAUCUACGUAACAUAUAUAGAUGUCCAGUCUAUAAAACAAGACAUCGAGGUGGAACAUUUGUUUGGACUUUCAACUUGAAAACUAAAGAGAAAGCAUCCAAGUGGACCAUGGCCGGAGUUUGCUUACUUUUACAAAUAUAA